AUGACCUUCGAUAAACAAAACAAUGGCCACAUCGCCAAACCAUUUACCCCGACUCUGAGUGCCGCGUUUAACAGAGCGAACAAGUCGCCCCUGACCCCUAAGCUCGCGAAUCCGUCCAGUGCCCGCACCCCCAGACGUCUUGCUCCUCCAGAUUAUCCCACAACGACUCCGGCGAGACACACACCAGAGCCUUCCUAUCUCAAUGCGAAUGUUACGCCCCGAUCUGGCUCCAGGUCCAGCCGACGUGACGGCCCUAUACUCUCCCCGGGCAGUACACCCGGGAAUGGACUACACUCCCCGCAACCGUUCGUUCAACCCUCGCCAGCGACUGCCCCAAACGCGAGGGUAUACCGAACCGAUCGCAGCCCAGUUCGAAUGGGCGGAAAGCUUGAACCCCCAAGAGCCACAAGGGCGAAGACCUUGACCGCCGAUUCGAACACUACUUCUCGCCCGAGCUCCACCGAACUCCCGGCUGCGUCUCCAAUGUUUUUCCACGCCAGUGAUGUACGUUCGGUGUCGGGCUCCUCUGAUGCAGAUUCCCGGUCAAGGGUGUCUGCAAAACCGUUGUCGCCUGCCACAUUCGUAUAUGCAAACGGUCAAGAAGAAUCUCAGGCUCAGGUCGACGAUGCUGCCAGACGGCGGUCGUCAGGGUUGUCUCGUCCUGGGGUUGUAUCAAGGCCUACGGCUUCACCUCGGCUCGCCUCACCCAGUAUCAACGCUUCUUCCACGGGGUUUUCGGACGGCAUUCCUUCACCGAGCGUACCCCAUCUUGACGAUUCGCCGGAGAUACGCUCACCCGAGAUACGUUCACCCGUUCAUAGUCCGCCGUUGAGCACAGUCCGACCCGUGCCUGUGAUAAGUCACACCAAAACCUCAAGUCUUGAUACCGGGCGCGACACUCCUGGUCGAGAGACUCAUACGGAGGGUCUGGGCUUACGACCAAGCCCGGUAAUAGUAUCUACAUUGGAUUCGCAAGUUGAAGAAAACAAGGUCGCUGAUGCUAUUCCGGCUCUUCGGCCACGCAUUUUCAGCAAUGGAUCUACAAAUUCCUUUGAUACAGAUAGUCAAGGGGAUGGAUUGCAAAGUCCGGUAAAGUCUGAACACGCGGGAAGUAGUGGCCCCGUUCUCAGUGCGCGUGUUGAGCGGAAGAUCCUGGAUCUUGAAAUCAGCAAUUCAUCCCUUCUGGCCAUCAACCGGACGCUUGAGCGUGAAAUGCGGAAGCAGAAUGCUGAACUACGAAGAUUUCGGCGUCUUAGCCGCUCCGGUCGUCUAUCCGUGGCUCCAUCGCGUUCGGUAUCGAGUACUUUGUCAAUUCCCAGUGAAGUCGACGAAGGCGAAAGUGACUACUCGUCCAAUGAAUCACCCGAGGACCUAUCUGAAUUAGGUGAUGGGGAAUCCAUGCAAGACGAAAGCUCCCUGGGCCCAGACUCGUUGGCUGAAGACGACGCGCGGCACAGAAACAAGGACGAGAAACGAUUCCUUAUCGACUUGGCAAAGCACCAGGAACUUCUAGCGGACAGCCAGAAAAUGAAUCAAAGCCUGAAACGAUGCCUUGGGUGGACGGAAGAGCUGAUUAGCGAAGCCAAUAAAGCACUGGAAUAUAACGUGCACGUUAGUGAUAUACAACUCGGCGGGCGGGUACUAAGCCCCGAUGAACUGCAUGAGGAUGGAGAAGCCCGCCGAGCACUACUUGCACCUGUCUCACCCAAAUCAGAAUAUCCAAAUGAGGAACCUCCCAGUGAGGAGUUGCCUUCGACAUGA